CUCACGCGCGGUCUCGUGGGGAGGAGAAUCAAGGACACUUGGGAAUAUGGAAAACUUCGAACCUUGUAUCUCUGAGCUUUUAUUCAAGUUACUCCUGACAAGUUCAGCUAUUGACAAGUUGAGUCUAGUUUAAGGUUGCUGGGAUUUCCUUGCAGUUAAUCGUAGGGACGCAGAAAUGGGGUUCUUCAGUACGAUCACCGGCGUUUGUGGAUUUGGAGUUGGGCUGACGGCAGGGCUGACGAUUGGGUACUAUAUCUUCAUCUAUUUUCUGCCCAACGAUGUGAAGGAUCCUGUUAUCCGCCCGUUGGUUGAGCGAGACACCGAGGCUUUGCAAAAAUUGCUUUCAGAAAUCCCUCUUUGGGUUAAAAAUCCAGAUUAUGACCGAGUUGACUGGAUCAACGAGUUUCUGGGGUACAUGUGGCCUUAUUUGGACAAGGCCAUAUGUAGGACUGCCAAGACCAUUGCUAAACCAAUCAUUGAGGAGCAAAUUCCGAAGUAUAAAAUUGACUCUGUAGAAUUUGAAACACUGACUCUUGGGUCUCUGCCACCAACUCUGCAAGGUAUGAAGGUUUAUCUUACUGAUGAAAAAGAGUUAAUCUUGGAGCCAUCAUUCAAAUGGGCAGGGAAUCCUAAUAUUACUUUACUUGUUCAAUCGUUUGGAUUAAAAGCAACUGCCCAGCUUGUAGAUUUUCAGAUCUUUGCAGCACCACGCAUUACCCUGAAACCUUUGGUCCCAAGCUUUCCAUGUUUCUGCAAAAUAAUCGUGUCACUUAUGGAUAAGCCACAUGUUGACUUUGGGUUGAAGAUUCUAGGUGCUGAUCUCAUGUCAAUUCCUGGCCUGUACAGGUUUAUCCAGGAGAUGAUUAAAGAUCAGGUUGGUAACAUGUAUCUGUGGCCUAAAACUCUGGAAGUGGAAAUUUUGGACCCCUCAAAAGCAAUGAAACGUCCCGUUGGUAUUCUUCAUGUGAAGAUUUGUGGAGCAACCCAACUGAAAAAGAAAGAUCUACUUGGAGCAUCUGACCCGUAUGUCAAACUCAAGCUCACAGAGUCAAAACUCCCUUCAAAGAAGACUACUGUGAAACAUAAAAAUUUAAACCCAGUAUGGGAUGAGGAGUUUAGCAUGGUUGUGAAAGACCCAGAAUCUCAAGAACUGGAGAUAUAUGUUUAUGAUUGGGAGAAGGUCGGGAAACACGAAAAGAUGGGCAUGAAUGUUGUCCCAGUCAAGGAUCUAACUCCUGACGACAAAAAAACCAUGACACUUGAUCUCCUAAAGACCAUGGAUCCAAAUGAUCCUCAGAACAACAAGUCACGCGGGCAAAUCACAGUGGAACUAACAUACAAACCUUUCAAAGAGGAGGAAGGGCCAGAAGAUUCUUCGAAGUCUGGUAAAUUUGGUAAAAUGCCAGAAGGAACCCCACCAGGAGGUGGUGUUCUCUCCGUGUUAAUCCACGGAGCAGAAGAUAUUGAGGGAAAGCACCAUACUCACCCAUAUGUUCAGAUCAUUUUUAAAGGGGAGGAGAAAAAGACCAAGCAACUGAAGAAAAACACUGAUCCAAGAUGGGAGGAGGAGUUUACUUUUAUGUUGGAGAAGCCUCCUCUGGAUGAAAAGCUACAUGUACAAGUUGUCAGUACUUCGAAGACUAGUAUUAUGCAUCAUAAGGAAAUGUUGGGUUAUGUUGAUAUCAACCUUUCCGAUGUGGUUAGCAACAGGAGGAUCAACGAGAAGUACCAUCUCAUUGAUUCAAGGAAUGGGAAGAUUCAAAUUGAGCUGACAUGGAAUUCUGCUUCCUAGUCCUUUGCACCUAUCCUAUAUAGAUACUCUUGAAAUUUGUAGCUGAACAAUGUCCCCUUUUCUAUUUCGGGUUUGAUAGCAGUCCUGUAACAUGUCUGUAUAUUAUCAUCAUCAUUAUUAUUAUAUAUUAUAUCAUUGUUCUAUUGUUGUUAUUUUGUUGAUAUCAUUGUUGUCG